AUGGCGAAGCAAGUUGAUAAGAAGUUUGGUUGGGUGAUAAAAGAUUUCUCUUCUUUACAAUCUGAGAAGUGUUGUUCUGUUCCAGUCUUGAUCAGCGACUGCAAAUGGCGUAUUCUUGCAUUUCCCAAAGGAAACAACAGUGAUUACUUUUCUCUCUAUCUGGACGUUGCUGAUUUUGAAUCAUUGCCUUGUGGAUGGAGAGGAAUCGUGAACUUCCGCCUGACUAUAGUAAAUCACCUUUCCAAAAAGCUCUCCAUAUUGAAAGAAACAGAGCAUUGUUUUGAUGGCAAGUCAACCACAUGGGGUUUUCCAGCAAUGCUUCCUCUUUCCAAACUUCAUGACAAAGAUGGUGGAUUUCUUUUAAAUGGAGAAGCCAUGAUUGUUGCGGAGUUGGAUGUUUUGGAAGUCAUUGGCACAUUAAAUGCAUCAGAAAAGACUGAAGAUGCAUCAGAACUUGUGAGCAAGAAAAAAGAGAUUGAUGGUCUUGAGUCUAAUGAUUUGCUCAAGAAAACUUCACCACUGAAGGAAACCAACAAUGUCAAUGGGACUAAACAGGUUUCUGUGAAAUUCAGUCCAAAGAACAAACUUAUAUGGAUAGGAUUCCUGAUUACAGUCGUCUUACUAAUCUGUGCUUACGGCGCGGCGCAGGACGAACUCUUGGCUGCAAGAAUGAAAAUUUCUAUUUUAGAGAAAAUGUUGCAGAAGUGA